AUGGCAGGCUACCCCUGUACGCCCAAUUUAAUUCCAAUCAACCAUCCCACCCGCGUUCCCACGUCUUCUCCCAAGUGUGUCGGUUCAUCAAUCCAAGGCCCCGGCCGCACCAACCAAACCUGGCCCGCCUGCUUCUUCUUUCUCUAUCCGUUCCUACACAUCUCUCUCUUCCCCUCCAAGUACCCUCGAGGAUCGCGCACUUGGUUCAUCCACAUGCCCCCUGCUCUUUUCCCUAGCUCCAUCACUCUCCCAUUCCAAUUCCCACACCCCCUGACAGCCUACCCUGGGAACUUCCCACCAUCCCCCGUCCAUCACUCUACGCCGUACCGGAGUCUCCUCUUCUUCGCUGCUAUCCACGAAUACGUCUUCGAGCCUGGCCUCCCGUUCACAUCGGCGCACUAUUCGUACGCCUUUGCUUCCCCUACGCAGCACUACCUAUCCGCCAAGACCCUCUUUUCCUUCUUCCAGACCUCUUCUACCUCUUCUUCCCUCAUCUCCCACCCUUCCCCUACUACUCCUUUCCUCCUUCUUCGUCUCUCCAGCUCACGACGAAAUCUGGAUCGCCAGUCUCGGCAGAGAUUCCGAUCCCGCUCCCGACCACACAUCUCACUCGUCAUUGUCGUCGUCAACGUCUUCCCGAUCACUUGCCGGUCCUAUGAUCGUGUCACUCGCUCAGCAACAAUAACAGCACUGCUAGUCACUAUCUUUACUACAUCGUCCGAACUACUGCUGCCGCCAUUAUUCUCUCUCCAUCAUCCAGAGUAUAGCUUGGUCGGCUUCUCUUGGCUGCUCUCACCAGCGAUUGUGUAUACCUCACCUUCCCCCGCCUCUCAAGGACGACACCCACUCACAACCGUCAAGCUGGACGAAAAACAACUAGAAGUUUUUAUUCGGACAAUGGGAGCUAAGCUGCCCAAUCCGCAUCGCGUCUGCAGCAUGCGUAACCCACUUACGAGAACGCUGCUUUUUGCAGUCGUCGUCCUCAUCGUCAUGGCCCUCACCCUCAGGAACGAUGCCAUCGACGUUCGCGGCCGCAUUAUGAAGACGGGUGCCGGUGUCAAGUCAUCAAUCACGCAUCAGCAGCCCCUGGACCCCGUCAAGUCGCACGGCUCCUCGUCGCUUUCCGAAAAGAUCCCCGCCGAGCCCGCUCCCUCCUCAAGCCACGUCAUGAACUGCGAUAUCAACACCGACCACAUCAAGACCCUCAAGGACAAGUACGGCCUUUCCGAGAAGAUUCACUACUUCAAGCGCUACGUCAGGUUCAGUCGCAAGCCCAUUCAGCGCAAGGGUUACACUGUUUUGGAUCAGGAGUUCCUCCCCAAGAAGUUCAAGACUGUCGACAUCACAAAGUCGUACGCCCCUGAGGAGUGCCACGAGCCCCUGGAUGUCCCCGUCACACAGUCUUCCUACCCUUCCACCGUCAACGCCUCCGACUUCAUGUUCGCUGUUUCUACUACCUACAAGCGUUUCAAUGACCCCAAGACAAGCCCGAUUAAGGAAUGGGCUCACUGGCUUACCGACAGCAACGGAAAGUCCAAUGGCGGCAAGCUUUUGCUGUUGCUUCUUGACGCUAGCGACGCUGAGUUGAAGGACGCCAGCGACAGGCUCAAGAGGGUUGGAAUUGACGCCGACGUCGCCCACUCCGACCCCUCCAUGGAGAUGGCUGUUCGCUACCUUACCCUGGUGCCUUAUCUGUACAACCACCCUGAGAGAAAGACCAGAAAGUGGCUCGUCACUUGUGACGAUGACACCUUCUUCCCCAGCAUGCACGGUCUGAUUGACAAGUUUGCUACCUUCGACCACCUCGACCCUCUCUACAUCGGAACCCUUUCCGAGGACGUCAACGCCAUUCACCGCCACGGCUCUCAGGCUUUCGGCGGUGCUGGUGUCUUCCUCAGCGUCCCUCUCGCGGCUGCCAUUAACCAGCUCUACGAGUCUUGCAAGACGGAGACCAAGAUCAAGGAGGCCAACUCAGGCUGGGGUCCUCAGGGCGAUAUCCUUCUCCGCAAGUGUAUCUACGAAAAUACCGAGGUUCGUCUGACCAAUAUUUGGGAGCUUUGGCAAUUGGACUUGUACGGCGACCCAGCCGGCUUCUACGAGUCUGGUAUCAAGCCCUUGAGCUUGCACCAUUACAAGGGCGGCGGUUGGCAUUACGCCAUGCCCCUCCAGUCUGCCAAGGUCGGACACGCUUGUGGAGAGGAUUGCGCCUACCAGCGUUUCAUUACUGCUGACGACUUCAUCAUCGCCAACGGAUUCAGCGUUGCCCACUACCCCCAAGGUAUCGACUUCAACUUGGAUCAGAUGGAACGCACCUUCACUCCUGCUCCGGAUGACAUUGGCUGGAACUUGGACUACAUGUUCGGCCCCCAGCGCAGAUCUUUGCACAAGACCGGUCGCAAGAUUGCUUGGGAAUUGCAAGAGGCCCACGUACAGGAGGAUGGAUCCGUACUUCAGGUGUACACUCGUCGGAAGGAUGAUGAGCGGUGGGUUGAGGAGGAUGGCGAGCCGAUGAGCAAGAUUGACGGUGUCAUUGAGCUCGGUGAUUCUGGCAUUGCAAAAAAGCUCAAGGAUGGAUCAAAGCCCAUUCGCAGCUCAUUUCACGCAUUUGUUCAACCCAGGACACCCCGGCCUGUUCGCAAUAGCUGCCCUUCAGCUGAAAUGGCACGGGCCCGUUUCGAUUCAGACGGCAGCAAAAAAGUCAAUCUGGCCGACAAAGAACGACAGGUUGCAUUGCCCAGGGCACCUACCUACAAUUACGACAACACCCCUGGACAGGAUCAUAAUUAUAAUCCGCUGACCGUGAUACCCUCAUUAAAACACAACAACACUCUUCUUCGAUUCGACUCGCAUCUCGACUUCGGCAUACAGCUCGCAUUGAGCUUCGGCAUGGAUUGCGUCGACGGAUCGCGCAAUCGGCACAUAGACCUGUCAACCACCUGGUAUGGUUUGAUUUUGGUGCAAGGAAAGGCAAACAUCGGUGCCUAUGUAGAGUUCCAGAACAGCCACGCCCCGCCCCCACCCGAGGCAGGCUCGCGCCACAAUGCACUCGUGCCCCGCCAACCUCGAGGUUCUACAACGACGUCCCCUAAGCCCCGAGAGGCACUCUUCCACCAUGGCGACGUGAGUAUUGCCUUCAUACACCCCAGUGUCUCUCCUAACUUUCUCGUCAUGGCCAGCAUUUCGAAUAUUCUGUCGUUGCCGUUCCGCAAGUCCACACAGCUCUCGCUCUCGUCGACGAUACGACAGUACAUCAACACCAAGUAUGACCAACACCCGGACAUGUUUCGUCAGGACCUCGAGGUCAUCGACGCCCUACGACGAGAUGCGGUCAACGUGAGGGAACCGCACCCUAGCGGCGUGAAAAAGCUGCAGGCCUAUGCGGGACAGCUCGUGUGGAUCGGGGGCAAGUUCCCGAUCGACAUCGGGGCUGAGUUUACCUGGUACCCAGCAUUGGGUUACAACACUGAACGACCGAUGGUGCGAAACAACCUCAAAUACGAACUCAUGAACAUUCUCUACAACUUGGCCUCCCUCUACUCCCAACUUGCGGUCGCGCAAUCAAGAUCUGGUACGGAAGGUCUCAAGACGGCCGCGGGCCACUUUGCCUCGGCGUCUGGAGUACUAGAACAUAUGCUGAAGGAAGUCCUGCCCGAACUGCGCAUGUCUGACCCGCCCGAAGACAUGGACGCCAACACCCUCGAGUCUCUGUCCCAACUGCUCCUGGCACAGUCGCAAGAGUGCUUCUGGCAAAAGGCAGUCAUGGACGGGUACAAGGAUGCCAUCAUUGCUAGGCUGGCCGCUCGUGUCUCCGAUCUCUACAACUCUGCGGGGGAGGCUGCUAUGAAGAGUGAGGCGAUCAGCUCUGCUUGGAUCCACCACAUGAGCGCAAAGCACCACCACUUCGCUGGUGCUGCGCAAUACCGGGCCGCAUGCGAUUGUCUCGAGAAGAGGAAAUAUGGCGAAGAGGUUGCUCGCUUGCAGGACGCUGUGAGCUGUGUCAACGAGGGCUUGAAGGAGAGUCGGGGUGGCUACCUUAAUAAGGCGGUGCUCGAGGAUCUUAAUGGUCUGAAACGAAAGGUUGAAGAAGAUCUCAAAAGGGCAGAGAAGGACAAUGACGUUAUCUACCUUCAACCUGUACCGCCAAAGUCGGAGCUCAAAAUUCUUGACAGAGCCAAUAUGGCAGUCGCUAGAGUGCCUCCGCAAAUAGCCAACCCGUUUGACUACCUCGGGGAUCAGGCCGAAUUCGGUCCAGCACUUUUCACAAAACUAGUUCCGUUCUCCGUUCACGCCGCCAUCACUAUUUACGAGCAACUGCGCGAUCGCAUAGUCAACGAAAACAUUAUUGGUCAGAUGGAAACGCAGACAGAAAAGCUUCAUGCCAUGCUCAGCUCUAUCAAUCUCCCGGGUUCGCUGCAGGCACUUGAGAAACCGCUUGGUCUGCCUCACAGUUUGGUCCACCACGCGGAGGAAAUACGGCAGGCAGAUGCUAUAGGAAGGAUUCAACGGGCCUUCUCGGAUAUCGAUAAGUUACGGACUGCCGACAUCGCCAUCUUCAACGAAGGUAAAGCGAUACUGGCAGCCGAAGAGGAGGAGGACAACCGAAUGAGACGGAAGUACGGCACAGACAGAUGGUCAAGACCGGAAAGUCGCAGCGACCCCCAGGGAGGCCAGUUCUGGGCUCAAGUAGCCGAGAUCGAAGGCUACUUUGCGAGCAGUACCAGCAGUGAUGCGGUCGUUCGAGAGAAGUACAAGGAGGUACAGGACUUGCUCGAGAUGCUCUCUGGAUCCGAUCGAGCCAUCAUGGACUAUGUGCCUUCAUCCAGGCGCAUGGACAUCCCAGAGCACCUGAAGCCGGUAAUAGGUAGGCUUCGGGGGGCUUAUAAUGAUGUCCUGCGACUUGAGUCCAAAAGGAGAAAAAAGGCUGAGGUGCUGCGGGAGAAGGCGAGGACGGACGACAUCAAGCCGGAUAUCCUGAAAGAAGCUGCACGACUCGAGAGAACAUACCCGACAACAGCAAUUGUCCCGGCCCACUUUGAGGACUUUUUCGAGAAGCGUCUUGACAAGCUUUAUGACUCUGAGAUCGAAGCGGUGGCCAAGGAAGAAGACGAGCAAGAGCGCCUCAUGACUGAGGUGCAGAGAGUCAACCGAGAGUUUGAGAGUCAAAAGAAGAAUAUGUCGAGUGGUAGUCGCGAGCGGGAGCUGGCACUUCAGAAGCUUGACAAUGCCUACUACAAGUACAAAGAAAUCGUCAACAACGUGGACGUCGGUCGCAAGUUCUACAAUGACUUGAGCAAGGUCGUGGGCCAGAACUUUCGCGAUCCUGUCAAGGCCUGGGCUGCAGAGCGGCGGAUGGACGCCAAGAGUCUUGAGGAGGAGGUCAGCAUGCCGCCGCUCAAUUCACUGAACCUGAACCGAUCCCCGGUCCACUCCCCGACCGGCUCAAACUACGACCCGCGGCCCCAAUCCUACUUUAGCGCCAGCGUCGUCCCCGGUACAACAGCCCAGCAGCAGCAGCCACCGUCGCGGCACGAGGUUCACUCUCCCGCUGAGGCACAUAUUCAGUCAUGGGCCGGGUCGACUGUCGAGCCCCAGCACCCGAGACCCGCGGCGGGAAUGUCGAGCAUGUGGCAGCCGGAUAUGGGCAUCAAGUUCGGAGCUCAGCCAGGUGCACCAGCACCUCCCGGCGGAUCAACACAAGGCCAGGGCCCGGCAAGCCAGCCGCCGCAAGGAGGCACCUGGAACCCGUCCUCUGGGAUCAAGUUCGGUUAG